AUGAGUUUGUUGAAACCUGUUCAUGAAUUCGACACUCGACAGAAUCCGACAGUGACGGUGUUUGAUGGUUCUCGAACUGACGAGAAUAAAUUGGCAACACAGUUCUGGAGCACUGUUGUGCUUGUACCGCCGGUUGAAUCAACAUUAGCGUGUAGAGAAAUCAAGCAGCGGACACAGAGUCGACCGUUAAAUGGUGACAAUAAACCUCGGUACACAGCAGCGAUGACAAAAGCAAUGAAAGAGAAAGCAUUGAGAGACAAAGAAUACGAUGAAAUCGCCGCUCUGAAGCAAGCAGAAGAUGAAAACAAGCGUAUUCAAAGCACUCGACAACGACAACAAGAAUUACGCCAACUCUUCUAUCAUCAAGCAACGACUAAUCGAUUCAGAUAUCGCGAAUGGGCAGUUCCUCCGGUGAGAAAACAUGAACAAGAUAUAACAAUAUGUUAUCCGAAUGAAACCGACGACAACGAUGAAUACGAUCGACAAUUAGUUCGUUGGUUACCUGAUUGA